AUGAGUAAUCAUAGUAGCAGCCAAAAUAGCGAAUAUCGAACCAGACCGAACCACAACAGUAACGUUUGUGAUGUCGGUAAACCGGUUCGACCGACAGGCUUUAAUGGAAAUAAAACGAAUGCCAUAAAACAAGUUGGCGACUGUGAUGACGUCACCAGCAACAACAACAACAUAAUUAUCACAAUCAGAUACGUAAUAGAGAUGUCACGAAUGACUGUCUGUGGUGGAGAUGCUGAUGACGAGACUAUGAAUGACGGAAGUAGGGAUAUUAAUGAGCCGGAAGUGAAAGACUAUAAAUAUCAAAUAAAAAAACAUAAUUACAAUAGCAUUACUGGCGGUAAAGUCGCCAUCAACCAAGGUGAUGAUGAUGAUUUGAAAGCCGAUGAUGAUAAUGAUAACUCCGAUGAUGGUGGUGAUAACGAUGAUGCCAAAGGUGGUGAUGGUAAUGAUGACGCUGAUGACGAUGACGUCACAGAUGAUGAUGACUUGAUGACGCAAGAGCACGUGACAUAUCGACCGGAAUGGACAGCCCUUAUAGAGAUUCUACUGACAGGAAAAGACGUCAAAUUAACAACUGGACAGCGGAAAUACGGACCAAUCAUGUCUACAUCCAUCAACAACCACAACAGCCACAGCAACAUCAACAACAACAACAUCAACAACAACAACAACAGCAACAACAUCAACAACAACAGCAACAACAUCAACAACAACAGCAACAACAUCAACAACAACAACAACAUCAACAACAGCAACAUCAACAACAACAACAACAACAUCAACAACAUCAACAACAAAAGCAUCAACAACAAUUUGUUGCAAAAAUCCACAGAAGCCUUACAAAAUAACUCAAACGUGUUGCAAAACAACUCAACGACGUUGCGAAAUGACUCAAACGUGUUGGAAAUAGAUUCAAAAAUGUUGCGAAACGACUCACUCAUGUUGGAAAAUGUCUCAAACGCGAGGGCAACAACAUUAACACAACAACAACAGCAGCAACAACAGCAGCAACAACGACAACAGCAGCGCAUAAAAAAGUUAAAAAUGGCAACAAAUUUAUCUCCGUCAAUCGGACAUAGGCAGUUGAACCUCAAAACCUCUCAACUAAAUCAAUUACCAAUUACUAGAACGUCAACAUCAACAACAUCAGCAACAACAUUAACAACAACAACACCGACGUCAUCAACAACAACAUUGAAACAUUGGAAACAUGUCAACAGAUCAAAAUUUCACAGCGUAGCCAAUGGGGAGGGAGAUAAUUUUCCAGUCUUUUCAUCGCCGUGUCAGUUGGAAAUAUUUCUUCGUCAAUUGCAACAAUUGCGAAAAUUUUUUAAACAACAACAACAACUUCAACGUCAACAAAAACAUCAACAACUACGUUAUCAACUACCAAAAUGUCAACAACAACAACAACAGCAGCAGCAGCAAAGAAUUGGAGAACACAUUAAAAAAGUACUCCUGCCCAUUAUAAGACGCAAGCCUUUAAAAAGAGUUGACAUGUAUGACGGAAAAUUCAACAAAAAUGCUAGUUGCUCUAACAUAAACCAACUGAAAGAGCAACAAAAACAACAACAAAAACAUCCUCAACAUCAUGAACAACAACAUCAACAAAAACAUCAACAACGAAGCGAAAUUUUUUCCGACUCUAAACUUCCUUUCAAAAAUUCUAUUGAAACAAUUUUAAAACAAAAAUUCUCCCCCAUAAAAGUUUUUUACCGCCCAAAAAACAUCUCAAACAACCGAUCAAAACUCUAUAAACGUAUUGAAAUUGUUAAAAAAUGUAAAAAUCUUGAUGCAAAUGAAGAAAAUUUUGAUAAAUUUUUAGAAAAAACUAACCAUAGGAGCGAGAGAAAUCCAGAAAAUGUUGAAAAAAUCCGUUCGUUGAAAUGUUUGAGGGAUACGUUUACAUUGAGACGGCAAAGAAAAUUGUUGAAGAUGAUAAAACCACCUGCCAAUUUGAAAUAUCAAAACGUGGGUAACAAUGAAUGCAAAUUAAAAUUGUUUCAUCAACAAUUACAACAACAACAACAGCAGCAACAACAGCAACAACAGCAGCAACAACAGCAACAACAACAACAGUUGCAGCAGCAGGUAAAACAAAAACAUCUGCAAAGACAAGAUCUAGAAGAGCUACUACAUCAGAAAGGACAAGAGUUACAUCAAGAGCAAGGUCUCUACACUGAGCAGGGCAAUCAAAUGCUAACAAUUCAACAAUUUCAAGAUGACAAGAGCCAAUGGCGGCAACAAAAUUAUCUAAGAAAAUAUCAUCUGGAUGAGCAACAACAACAGCAACUGCAACAGCAACAACAACAAAAUCAACAAGAUGUGAUACAAAUUUUCCCGCAACCACUACCGCAACAACAUUUUCAACAAUUGCUGCAAAAUUUAAUGCAACAACAACAACAACAUCAACAUCAGCAACAAAAACAUCAACAGCAACAACAGCAACAUCAAUACAGCUACCAUCAAUCAAGCCAAGCGACAGAGUACGCACAUAUAAAUGCGUGCACAGCCCUGAAGCGAGAACAAAUGACUGAUGAAUAUUCAAUUCAUGACGUCAGCCAAUCCAUCAACCAAUCACAGAAUAAUAGCAACAGUCUGAGCAAUAAUGAAUGCAACGAAUAUGCUAACGAAGCGACAGAAAUCGACUCAAAAUCGACAACAUACCGGCUCAGAAACUCAUUCCUCGGGUCGGUUACUACCGCUACUUCGACUUACGGAACUCGCAAGAGAGCUACAAAAAUUACUGUCGCCACAAAAGUAACUUCAACUACUGCUGCAGUCAUUAAUAGUAGUAACCAUUUAAAUGAUUUUAUUAACGAUGACGACGACGAUGACGUCACGAGAUUCGAUACAAGCAAUCAUAAUCAUGACUCCCGUAAUAAGUCAUCUCACAACAAACACAUCAAACGGAGCAAACAGAGCGAGAGGAGAAAGAAGAGAGAAAGAUCUGAGAUGAAGAGGAAAGUUAAAGAAGAUGAUGAUGAUGAGGAUGAUGAGGAUGAUGAUGAUGAUGAAAACGACGAUGAUGAUAAUGAUGAUGGUAGUGAUGACGGUGAUGAUGACGACAACAACGACGAUGAUGAAAAUAACAGUGAUGAAGAUGAUGGAGGUGAGGAUGACGAGGCUUACAGUGAAAUUGAUACAGAAAAUAAAAAACAGAAACACAAGCUGCAGAGGAAGCGUGUUCGAUCGCACAGUCGGUACGACGGUAGCGACUUCACAAGCGAUUCAAACGACUCAGCUACCAAUCGUAGCCACUCAAAAAAACAUAAAAAUAAUACUUCUUACCAAGAGUUCAUGCACAAAUACUUAGAAGCGGAACUGUUGAAAAAACAGAAAAAGGCAGAAAAAAUCGCUAAAAAAAUUGCUGCGGCUCUAAGCGCAACCACACUGGCUACAACAAAUCCCGUCAAAAUUGGGAUCGGAGGUAAGGGCAGCAGCGCAACUUCAAAAGAAAAUUUAAUCACGGAGAUUGCCGUUGAAGAUUCCAGCACUGCCUCGACGAAUUCCGAAAACUCAGAUGGAGGCGCGCUCAAGUUGACGGUCGACAACAAGUGGAAGAAGGAGUUGGCGAAGUAUUUGAAAUCGAAAUCGAAACUUGUUUUGUCGCCGAGACGUGAGAAGAUGAUAUCGCGAGAAAUGGAGAGGAAGCUGACAGACUUGUACAGGGAGCAGCAUGAGCAGAACAAGUUGCUGCGAGAACAGGAGGUGGAUUACAGGUGCAAACAGAUGGAGUUGUUGCUGAAACAAAAACAGCAACAACGCUCCCACCGUCUUCAAAUUCGCGGAUUGAAAAUUAAAAAUAAUAGGAAAGAGAAAUCGAAAAAUAAGAAAAACGCUAUAAAUCUUGGUAGAAGUUCUCUGCGAGCCAACAAACUACAACGGCAAGUUAAUAAUUUAGACCAGCAGCAACUACCAACAAAAUUUCAAACUCUAAAACGCCCAAGAACUAACAGCUCGCAAAUUCUGACCCGACAUAAAUUGAAACAACAAUACUCAAAUUCGCCCAAAAUUCUGAACUGGUUAAAAAAUUCAGUGAAGAGUCCGACGAACGAUGGUACCGACAGUUCAUCAUCGUCAACUUCGCAAAAUAAUUCGCCAGUAUUGCAACUUCAUUCACCUCGAAGGAAGUCGCCAUCAAGUUCGUCACAAACCGAAGAUAGUGCGAACGCUAGCUCCAAAAGUAGCAUCAUUUCAGCCAGCACCGCCAGCACUCAGAGUAGUUCAUCUGACAAUAAUAUAAGAAGCAACGAAAAUCGAGUGGACUCUAUCACCUCUGAUAACGACAAACAUAACGAUGAUGAUGGAGAUAACAAAGACAAACUAAAUCAUCAGCUAGAACAUGUUUACCAUAAAAAGGAAAAAAACACUAAAAGUACAGACGUGGCUGAAAGCGUUGUUUCUGAUAUCAAGAAACUGGCCUUGGAUCAGUUGAAUCAGUACUUCUGUAAUCCUAACAGCGAAUGGAACCGAAGUAUCAGCAAGCGUUUGCGCGAGAGUACGAAAUCUUUUGACACUGCGAGAAAUCUCACUGUUAAGGAUGACAAUGAUGGUGGAGAAGUUUUUUUGGAAAAUUUUGAUUUAAACUCUAAAAAUUCUUCUAAAAAAGAUGCCUCUAAUUCGAAAUCAAGUGAGUUGAAAAGAUAUCGCUUCCAGUAUCGAAAAUAUAAGCAACACGAUCAUCAACAUCGUCAGCAGCAACAACAAAAUCAGCAGCGUGAUAAGUUGAAUCCACGACAACGUAUAACGAGAAAACCGUAG